CGCUAGAGAAAAACCUAUUUCUUACUAUUUUUAAAACGCGUACCUUUUACCUCACUCACGGUCUGAUUCUUCUUCUGCUUCUUCUUACUUUGUUUCUCCGAAGUUUCACAUUAUUGUACGCUUUCACAAACGUUUUUGUCCCGAAUCCCAGUCGCCCCCCUAAUUUAUAUGUGUCUCUCUUCUCUUUGGAUUCUUCAAUUUCUUCUACAAUUUUCUGUGUCCCCUUUUUCCCAAUCUCUUUGAUUUUAACCCAGAUUCUUCUUUUCUAAUAAUCUGUUUUUUUUGCUCUUUUAUCCCCCAUUAAUUUUUGUUCUGAUUCGUUGUAUUUCAUAUCAAUUUUUUCUUGAAGAAGAUGAAUGCUGUAAGAUUCGCGACUCUUCCUAUUCUGAGUAUAAUCUUCUUGGCCCUUGUUGAGUUUUGCCGCGGACAAGCCACCAUGGCUCCGGCUCCUUCUCCGAUUGGUCCUCCUUCUAAUGACGGCACAGCAAUUGACCAAGGGAUUGCUUAUGUUCUUUUGCUGGUGGCCCUGGCUAUUACAUACUUGGUUCACUAAUUCAGAGCGAUUUAACUCCCGGCGGGACUAAUUAGAUCUUAUUAUUAGUAGUAUUGAUUAAAAUUCUUUUUAUGUAUUCUCUCCAUAUUGUUUGGGAAGGAGAAACAUCCCAUUAUUUUUCUUUUUUGGUUAUUUUUCGUACCACUGUAUAGAAGUUGAUGAUGAUGAUGAUUCAGAGGCAUGAUGAUUGAUUAAAGGGAAGAGUUUCUCAUGAAUUAGUGAUUAUAUACUUAUCUGGUGUCUUUAUACUGCACAAUGAAAAUAAGGUUUUUUUUUUUUUUUUUUUAUAAAUACUGGGUAUGAUAAUCUGGUUAUACACGAUAAUUAAUUAUACUCAUCGGUGGGUUAAAAGCCAUAUGGUGUUCUAAGGAAUUAUCAAAGAUGCAAUCUGGUCCUCUCAAAAUAUGGUGACCGGUGAUAUGGAGGUGCGUGGGAGGAAUAAAGCUUUGGUAAUGGCUGUUCGUGAUCUUUUGAGCACAGAUUGGGUGGUGAAGGUACAUCAUGUUUACCGAGAGCUGAAUUUUGCCGCUGAUUCCCUAGUGGUGUUAGCAAUGGAGAGUACCGGUGGUUUACAAUGGCUAGAUGUACCUCCCGAUACUGUCCAAAUGUGGCUUCAAUAUGACAUCGUUGAGUUUUCUUACCGACGAGCUCUAAUAAAUUAGAACUCUAUGCAUUUGUCUCUUGUACCAAAAAAAAAAAAAAUGCAAUCUUUGGAAAAGGCUUUGGUAGUUGCUCUUGCUGGACUUUUGAUCAAAGUUUAGACUUGCUCUUAAUGUUACACUAAUGGCUUUACUCCUGUAAGUUCAAACAAACACAAUUUAACAACAAACACCAAAUACGAAAGACCACAUGACUCCAUGAAAGAGUACUGAAUUAUGAGUCUAUGACAGUAACGCAUGUAAUAACUCAGUUGCUUUCCUCAAUUGGAAACACCAAUUCAUUGCAGUUUGCUAAGAUUGAUUUAGGAAAAAAGCUACGGGAACUUAUAAGGUGUAACUGGAUUUCCUUCAAUUAUACUGGUCUCAGAGUACAGUAUACCUGAUCUUCUGAAUCAUAGUUGAGUUUUUCUCCUCGAAGCCUUUUUCUACUGAUUUCGCGAUAAAUCCAAUGUCAGAAAUAAUGCUGCUCUGCUCAGCUCAGCUCAGCUCAUUAUUGCUGAAUUAAGGCUUAAGAGAAUCAUCCCAUGAUGCUGGAACUCUAUUUCCUACUUCAGUUGAAACUCAUCAAGCCUUCUCCUAUAGUAAUCAGGCUAAGAAACUUCAUUGUGCCAUGAAUCCUGCCUCUAGUUGAAUCGCAAAUCAGCUUCAACAUCCUUUUGUUCUGGCCACCAUUUUUGUCCCGGGUUCUUUAUGACUGACUGGUCUCAACGUCAACUAAUUGUAUCUUUAUAUCUGAUAUUUCCCGCUUACCUUCUGGCAACAAAGUAUUCAGAACCUCUACGGCUUUACAAUGGCUAAUGGGGGCCAAUUCCUAUUUAAAAUGGGAUUGAAAAAUAAAAAAAGUCCAACAUAAAACAUUUUACACUUGGGGAAACAUGUUCAAGAAUUGUUUGCUUUCUCAAAGAAACAAAAUCAAUCACAUCACAUCAUUUUGACAAACAAAAUACGGUAAUCAUGUACUGCACCAAAAAAUUACAUUGAGUCAGCACAGAUAAUUCAACAUUUAUUGCUCCAGCUACAAGUCUCAAUCGGUUUGGUGAAGCACGUCUUUCCAGCGAACUCUGGGUAAGAAAAGCUUACAAACCAAAUUGCCCAAUUGGCUAGAUACUUAUCCUACUUGAACAAGGAAGAAAGUUAAAGACCUUUCACAAUACUAUCCUUGUCGCCCCUUCUAGUAGUUUGAAGAUUCAACAAAAAAAAUCUCACUUCUUUUUUCACUCAUUGAAUUGACAUUAGUAUUCAUUUAUUGCUUAUAAUAUGGUUGCCAUUCCUACUUGGCUGCUGCCACCCAGUCAUCAAACACCACCUAAUAAACCACUAAAUCGUCGAAUAUUUUGCCCAAACGUGCGUCAUUUCAUACUCCUUUAGUCCUAACUAUAAUUCCCUGCCACAUUCUAUCUGAGGAAAACAUCAGCCAAAUUGCUCAAGCAAGCUAGGACUUAGGAGCGGAAUGGAAACUGGAAUAUGGCGAAAGUCGGGACGAAGGACGAUCCAUUUGGGGCGAUUUUGCGACCAAAAGACGGGCGAGGAAGAUCCCGUGUUCAAGUACUACCCUGCAGAGAAUGGUGGUAAUAAUGGUGGGACUAGAUCCUCUUCAAAAAUGCCGAAGUGGAAAGUCAUAUGGAAGAACCUGCUGAAGCAGAGGAAGAAAGGUUUCGAGCCCGCGAUGCAAGGAAAGGCGGCUUAUAAUUCAGAAACAUAUAUGCAGAAUUUUGAUGAAGGUCAAUCAGGGCAGACGAUUGAUGAAUAUCUCAAUGAUUUCCUGCCUCGAUCUUUUACUGCCAGAUAUGCUGAUCCCUCCAAGCUACUUUCCUGAUGUAUAAAAGGUUUGGGCAUAUGUAAUGUACCACUUGAUUUUGGUACAUAUGUGCAGAACAUGGUCAAUUACAGUAGUAGAAACCUAUUAGGUUUUUCGACGGUGUUUCUAUUUUUCAGUUUCCUCCUUCGAUUCCCUUAAUUCAGCCAGGAAAUCGGUUGUAUAAAUUUUGAUGUUCACAAGAUUUUAAUUUUUUGGUACCAUCUCUAUUCUCUGAUACAGUGUGAAUUUGAAGAUGAACCAGGGUAGGUG